AUGUCGUGCGAGCUCCCCGACGGCUACGCCACGCAGGAGGUCAACCACCUCACCCUCGCCUACUUCGCCGUCGCCGGCCUCUCCCUCCUCCGGGAGCUCGACCGGGUUAACAAGGAUCAAAUUGCCAAAUGGAUUUUGUCGUUUCAAGUACACCCUGAGGAAAACGACGACUUAGAUAAUGGGCAAUUUUAUGGAUUCUGUGGCUCUAGAACAACCAAGUUUCCCUCAAAUUUGGUGAAGGACCCUUGCCACAAUGGUAGUCAUCUAGCAAGCACUUAUUCUGCUCUUGCUACAUUGAAGAUUGUAGGUUAUGAUGUACUAAACCUUGAUAGCAAUGUUCUUCUACUGUCGAUGAAAAAACUGCAGCAACCAGACGGAAGCUUCAUGCCUACUCAUAUUGGUGCAGAAACAGACCUACGCUUUGUAUACUGCGCAGCUGCGAUCUGCUCAAUGCUAAAAGAUUGGUCAGGAAUGGACAAGGAAAAGGCCAAGGAAUACAUUCUUAACUGUCAGUCAUAUGACGGUGGCUUUGGCAUGGUUCCCGGUUCAGAAUCUCAUGGUAGGCAGUGCAUUUCUUUACCUGGUUACUUUAUGGAGAGGCAAGCGGCAGAUGGGGGAUUUCAGGGCAGAAGAAACAAGCCAAGUGAUACGUGCUACGCUUUCUGGGCGCAGGUGCUCUACUACGCGGUGACGGCGCUGCUGGGCGGCGGCCAUGAGGGCGUCUACGCCGCCGUCGAGCGCCCGCUGCAACUCGCGCAGACCGCCGCCGUCAUGGAGUUCUUUCUGGACUUAUAUAUAUACAGUAGCAAUCUACUUUAUUUCUUUGCACAUCCAAGUUUGAGAGUUACUGACAAUCUUGUGUUUGCCUGGCACUGGCGCUCGUGCUGCUGGUGGGCGCAGAUUCUUCAUGGGCUUGUAGGGUUGGUAAGGUCUCCUGUCACUGCAACCCUUCCACAAAUAGGAUCAAGGUUGUUUCUUACAUGGGGCAUCUUGUGGAGCUUUCCUGAGACACAAUCUCAUAUUCUUGUAACUUCUUUGGUCAUAAGCUGGUCCAUCACGGAGAUCAUCAGAUAUUCCUUCUUUGGCCUGAAGGAGACGCUUGGGUUUGCACCUUCCUGGCUUUUAUGGCUCAGGUAUAGCACAUUUCUGAUAUUGUAUCCUACCGGUAUCCUUAGCGAGGUCGGUCUGAUCUACAUUGCUCUUCCUUACAUUAAGGUAUCCGAGAAAUACCUUGUUAAGAUGCCUAACAAAUGGAAUUUCUCCUUUGACUACUUUUACACAUGUGCUAUCGCCAUCGGUGUCUAUGUUCCAGGUGGGCCGCACAUGUUCACGUAUAUGCUUGCCCAGAGGAAGAAGGCCCUGUCAAAGGCAAAGACUGCAUGA